ACAUCUCUUGUUUUUUUCCCCUCUCUCCCUCUCUUCUUCUUCUUCCAUCCCCCAUCAGUUGACAGGCUCUUCUUCUUCUUGCUCCACCGCCCGCCUGCCUGCCUACCAUGAGCCGUCACGGGUCUAGCGGGUCGACUGGCUCUGCAGAGGACGAGCCAUCGCUGCAGUCGCGCAUCUCAGACCUCGAAAACCUGCUCACUGGCCGCAGGUCGGGGCCGUUUGACAAUGGUCUCUCGCCCGAAAACCUCAUUGACUCGUUCCUGGCCCUGUUUGACGAGUGCUCGUCGCUGGCGCUGAAGAAGGACAAGAAUGUUGCGGGCUUUGUUGACAUUUAUAGCAAGGUGGUGGCGCGCAUCCACCAGAUGCAGUUGCGGCGGUCGGACUUUGAAACCAUCAAGGUCAUUGGCCGCGGCGCGUACGGCGAGGUCUUGGUCGUGCGCAACCGGCAAACGGGCAAGGUCUACGCCAUGAAGCAGCUGUCCAAGUGGGACAUGCUCAAGCGACAGGAGACGGCGUGCUUCCGCGAGGAGCGCGACCUGCUCGUGUACGGCGACUCGCGCUGGAUUACAAACCUGUUCUUUGCCUUCCAGGACAACGAUUUCCUGUACUUGGUGAUGGAGUACUACUCUGGCGGUGACCUGCUCACCCUGAUGAGUCGCUACAACGACCGCCUGCCCGAAGACAUGGCUCGCUUUUACAUGGCCGAGCUCGUGCUCGCCCUCGAAUCCAUCCACCGCCUCUGCUUUGUCCACCGCGACAUCAAGCCAGAUAACGUGUUGCUGGACGCGAACGGCCACAUCCGAUUGGCCGACUUUGGCUCGUGCAUUCGCGUCGAGCACGGCUCCAUGAUUGAGUCGAACGUUGCGGUCGGCACCCCAGACUACAUUUCGCCCGAAAUCCUGCAGUCCAUCGAAGGCAACGGCAAGUACGGCAAAGAGUGCGACUGGUGGUCGCUCGGUGUCGUCCUCUACGAGAUGAUUUACGGCGAACCCCCAUUCUACUCCGAGUCCCUGCUCGGCACGUACUCGAAGAUUAUGGACUGCUCCAACUCGCUCAAGUUUGACGUGUUCACCGACGACGACGACAACGUUGUGCCGAUGAGCGAUGAGGCCAAGGACCUGAUUCGCAAGCUCUGCUGCAAGCGCGAGUCUCGCCUCGGUCGCGUGUCGGUCGAGGACAUUAAGGCACACGCCUUCUUCAAGGGCAUCAACUGGGACACUGUUCGCGACUCGACCGCUCCGUUCAUCCCCGAAAUCAGCUCGCCAUCCGACACGUCCAACUUUGACGAUGUCGAGGCCCCCGAGCUCGACAAGGUUCGGCGACCCUCCAGCAACAAGCCCUUCACUGGCGACCAGCUGCCCUUUGUCGGCUUUACCUUCACCCGAGGCUCGCGCCUUGCCGACACCAUGGUUCUCGACAGCGCCUUGAACGGCGUGGCCGAGAAGGUCAAGGACCAGUCGGCAGAGAUUGAAAAGCUGGAAAAGCAAAACGCCCAGCUGGUCGAAGAGCGCGCCGCCCUCAAGGCGCGCAUCACCGAGCUCGAGGCAGACUUGGAGCAGGCCAUGGCCGGCACCUUCCUGGGCGAUGGUCUUGGCGACGCUGCUGCCGGGCUCGGUGGCGUGCCCGCCAUCACGAUCGCCGACACUGAAAAGGUGGACAAGCUCACAGCCGACCUCGCCGCGCUCAAAAAGAAGCUCGACGACAGCACCGAACAGGCGCUGGCCUUUGAGCGUCAAGUCAAAAAGCUCGAGCGUGAAAAGAAGGAGAUGGAGAAUGCCACCAUCGACUUGAACACGCGCCUCCAAGCAGCAGAAAAGAUGCGCAACAUGAUGAAGGACUCCAAGCAAGAGCUCGACGAGCAGGUAGAGCAGCUCGAGGGCAAGCUCACCGCCCAGAAGAAGGACUUGAAGGAUGCUCAGCGCUUGAGGCAAAAGGCCGAGGCCGAGUUUGAGUCGCUGACCGCCCAAGUCAACGACCUCCAGGGUCAAGUGGCACGCCUCGACCGCACCGUGCGCGACAAGAAUGCCGACAUUGACUCGCUGACCGCCCAACGCGACGCCGCCAAGAAGGACUUGCGCUCCUCGGAGAAGACCCGCGGAGAUUUGCAGUCGCAGCUCGACGACCUGCAGAGCGAGCUCACCCGCGAGCGAAGCGUGCGCAGCAAGGCUGAAAAGCUGUCGCACCAGCUGCAGGAGGAUCUCGAGACGCUCCGCGACCGCGUUGCCGGCAAGGCCAGCGGUGCUGCCGGUGGCGAUACCGUGCUGCAAGCCCAAAUCGCGGAGCUCGAGGGCAAGCUGGAGCAGGAGGUCAAGCGACACGAAGCGUCUCUCCGCGACGUGCGCAACGAGCUGCAGUCCGAAGUCGAAAAUGUGCGAAGGCAACUGAACGAGUCCAAAUCGAGCAAGAGCGCCUUGGAAGAGCAGGUCGAGGACCUCAAGUCGUCGCUUGCCAAGAGCGCCAAAGACCUCCAAGCUGCCAAGAGCGAGGCCUCUACGACAGCGAGCCAAGAGAGCACCAAGACCAUUGACGCCCUCAAGGCCAAGCUCAAGGCUGCCGAGGAUGCGCUCGAAUCGUCCCAGUCGUCGCUCGAGGAUCGCGUCAAGACCCUGCAGGCCCAGGCUGACAAGGCCAGCGAGGAAAAGAACCGAAUUGCCAAGCUGCUUGCAGAGGAGACGCUGGCCAAGACCAAGCUCGAAAGCUCCAACACGCAGCUGCGCACCGAGUUGACCGCGGCCGUCUCGACGGUGGACGAUGCCGCGUCCCAGCUGUCCAUGUUCCAGACCAAGCUCGAGUCCUACGAGCAGAACUUGGCUGAGCUCGAGUCGCUGCGCGCCGAAAACACGCGCCUGCGCAGCACUGCUGCCCGCCGGCCAAGCCUGGCGCUGGAGCAAAUGUUCCGCACCACGGACGGCGGCGACGACAAUCCCGAGGACGGCAGCGUCGAGAAUCUCGCCGGCUUCCCUGGCAUGUCCGGUACCGGCACCAUCUCGCGCCGUGGUGGCGCUCGCGGCGGCGCUGGCGCUGACAAGAAGGAAUGGCAAGAGCGCCGCACUGUCAAGCUCGACAAGCAAGUCAUGCGCGCCCUCCAGCAAGAGGUCGACAUCCAGACCCAGGCCAAGCUCAAGAUGGAGACUGAGUUCAACCAAAUCAAGGUGGAAAAAGAGUCGUCCGAGCAAGAAGUCCACAUCCUGCGUGCUCGCGUUUCCGAGCUCGAUCGGGAACUGGAGGCGCUCAAGCGCCUGCGCCAAGAUGAAAUCAAGUCCAAGUGGCGCGACGAAUUCACCCGAAACGACACCCUUGCCUUCUCGUCCUUCCUCGACGUCGGUGGCCGAGCUUUGGAAGGCGACACCAUCUCCAACUCGUCCGCGCCGGGUGUGGUCGAGCGUCAAUUAUCCAGCGACUUGCCCGAGUCGCCAUUGAGCGCACCAGGCACUCCAAUGGCCUCUGGCACGCCUGCGGCCGUGCUGUCGGCUCCGUCCACGCCUGCUCACGUGCUCGACAAGAACCGACCAGUGUCCACCCCGAACGCAGGUCGGUACGAGCGUGCUGCGACUCUUGGCCACGGCAGCGAGCGCCCGCGUGCCCUUGGUGGCGUUCCUGCGGCCACGGCUGCGCGUUUGAUGACCCCGCGCGCGACGCAUCGCCCGAGUGUCGACAUGGGACAGGCAGACUACCUGCGCGUUUCUGGCCAGCACCGCAUCAUUCCCAAGUCGUUCCUGACUCCGACCAAGUGCGACGUGUGCACGUCCUUCCUGAUUGGCCUGGUGCGACAAGGCCUUGCAUGCGCCGACUGCUCGUACAACUUCCACUACCACUGCGCGCUCGAAAUUUCGCCCGUUUGCCCCGUCAAACCCGAAGUCAAGAACGCCAAAAACCCGCGCGUCGAUCCCCUUCACGGCAUUGGCACGGCCAUUCAGGGCUUCCUUCGUGUACCAAAGCCAGGCGGCGUGCGCAAGGGCUGGCGCAAGCAAUUCUUUGUGGUCAGCGACUUUAAGAUCCACGUCUUUGGCGGCGACGGCGAUCGGCACCAGCAAGAGCUGGCUGCCAUCAUUGACAUUCGAGACCGCGAAUUCAUCUUGCAGAGCGUCAAGCAGGAGGAGGUCAUUCACGCCAAUCGCAAGGAUGUUCCCAACAUUUUCCGCAUUUGCUACGGCACGGCUGCCCAAAAGCAAGAGCUGCUCGUGCUUGCUGCUGACGAGGAGGAGAAGCAUCGCUGGGUCAUUGCCAUGAAUCACGUCGUCAAGGCCGCGCGUUCGCUGCCAGAGCCGCCCAAGGCGCUCUUGCCGAGCCGCAUCUUCGAUUCCGGAACGUGCAAGAACGAGAUUUUCAUCCAAGUCAUGCAGCAAGCGACCUGCAUUGUCCGUGCCGACAAGACGCUUGCGAUUGGUACCGAGGAUGGCCUGUUUGUGUACAAGAACGUUGACAACCACGCGACGCUCAACCGCGUUGGCGAAAACAAGAAGAUUUACAACAUUUAUCUGCUGCCAUCCAUCAACCGCCUGAUCACCGUCUCCACCAAGAACAAGAUUGUCAAGCUGCAUUCGAUGGCCAUCUUGGAGGGCGGAGACCCGUCGCAGUUUAGCCAUGAGUUUGCGGAUACCAAGGGCGCACUGUGCGUCGCGACAGGUACCUUCAAGAGCGCCAUUCGCGUGGCUAUCGGCGUUCGCAAGAGCAUUCUUGUCUUUGACAUUCGCACGCUCAAGCGUGUCGAGGAGUACACACUGCCGGAUGCACCGACCUACGUGACCUUCUUCAACGACAAGCUGUGCGUCGCCAUGCGCGACAAGUUCAUGCUGAUUGACAUGGCCAACGCCGAGCAACCCGUCUGGCUCCCCGAUACCUCGGAUCCACGUCUGAGCUGGGUGUCGUCUGGCCAGCUUGAUCUGACCCCCAUGGCGGCGUUCGAUCUGCGGAAUGAAGUGCUGCUUUGCUUCAACUACACGGGCAUCUUUGUCUCGCACUCCGGCAAGUCGGCUCGUGAGGUGGAGCUCAAAUGGACUUGCAUUCCAUCCGAUUUCGUCUAUGUCGCGCCGCAUUUGCUCGUCUAUGGACAAAACCACGUCGACGUGUUUGAUACCGACUCCGCCGAGCUUGUGCAGACACUGUCGCUGCCUGCGCCCAUGCUGCUGAGUCGCGACGGUUCGUUUGUCAGCUCGACCAUGGAGGAGUCGGUGGCGCUCGUUUACCUGUCGAACGUGACGCGGCCCGAUGUCAAGGACUUUGUCAUUUCCGACGACAUUCGCAACACGAGCGGCAUGCAGCCACUGGAGUCGGGUCUCGGCUUGCUUUCACGGCAAGUGUCGCGCGAGUCCUUCCGCUCGAGCGCCCGGUUCUCCAUUGCCAGCUCGGCCUCGAAGAAGCGCGAGGAGCUCAAGUCGAAGCGCGCAACGUUGCCACCAGGGCCUGCGGCGUCUGCUGCGGCUGCGGGAGCGGCAUCGAGCAUCCCGAGCUCGUCGCUUAGCCGGCGCACGUCGUCCAUCACCAGCAACGAUCUUGCCGGCUCGAUGGACAGCGUGGCUUCUGGGUCGGAUUCCGGCAUGGGCUCGUCGGGCAACAUUAGCUCGGGCUCGACCCUGGAUUUGCCCACCGCGACCGCAAUGACCUCCAGCACCAACUCGCUCAAUCGCGUGGGUGUUGCCGAGUCUGGCAGUCUUGCCGGUGGCCGUGCCACUCCGACCACUACCGCCGCCGCCGCAGCAUUAUCAUCAUCGUCGUCCGAGCGCAAAUCGACCAGCGCACCUGCUGCUCCUGCUAGCGCACCUGCUUCGACAAUGUCGAGCGUGCCUGCUGCUGUUGCGGCGAGCAAUGAAAGCCUGAAUGGCGCCAGCCCGACGCCCUCCAAUCUGUCCACCGUGGAUUCUGCGUCCAUUCUUACGCUGGCGUCGAGCGAUGCCAAGCUCAGUUUCUUGACAGACUGGUAGACGGUGUGUUUGUGGCUGGCACGCGCGACAGACUUUUGUCGUUCGUUGGCGAUUUCUUCUUUUUUUUGCUUUCUUCUCUUGUACUUUCCGUGUGUGGUGAUGAAUGUGUAUAUGUGUGUGUUUGUUCUGUGGGACACCCCCUGGGUUUGGAGCGUCUCGCAGUUUGUCGUGUUUUUGUGUCUGCUACCAAUGGUCUUUUUUUUUUUUCCAAGUUGUGCUGCCUGCGGUCACCAGCUUUUUGUGUUGUGUGAGUUUGUUGUUUUUUCUACAAUUUUACAUCAUUCAAGUCAGCAUCUGUACGAAACAUUAAAGAUCCAGCUCGCGCAAGCCUAGCGUUGCGGCGUCAGGCAACGGUUGACGGCAACCAGCAAG